AUGUUAUCGGAGUUAGUGAACUUUCUGAAGGCCUGCUUUCGGCCGGGUUUGGAUGGACAUGCGCGCACAUCGUCGGAUUCUGGAGUUCAAGCCAAUAACUUGCUGGAGGAUCAGAGUCAGAUUGAAUCGGGUAGUUUGAGCUUGAAUGAGUCGGGUCCUUAUGGAACCUUUGUUGGUGUCUAUGAUGGGCAUGGAGGGCCUGAGACGUCUCGGUUUAUCAACAAACACCUAUUUCAACAUCUCAAGAGGUUUACUACUGAGCAACAAUCAAUGUCGGUGGAUGUAAUUCGCAAGGCAUUCCAAGCAACAGAAGAGGGGUUUAUGUCACUAGUUACGCAACUGUGGCCUAUUUCACCGCAAAUUGCUGCAGUUGGAUCAUGUUGUCUUGUUGGUGUUAUUUGUAACGGAACCCUUUAUAUAGCAAAUCUCGGCGAUUCCAGGGCUGUUUUGGGAAGAACGGUUAAAGCAACUGGUGAAGUUUUAGCCACGCAAUUAUCAACAGAGCACAAUGCAUCCAUAGAGUCUAUAAGACAGGAGCUUCAUGCUUUGCACCCCGAUGAUUCGAAUAUUGUUGUCUUGAAGCAUAACGUAUGGCGUGUGAAGGGAAUUAUUCAAAUUUCUAGAUGUAUUGGUGAUGUAUAUUUGAAGAAAGCCGAGUUCAAUAGAGAACCAUUAUAUCCUAAGUUCCGACUUCACGAACCGUUCAAGAGGCCAAUACUGAGCUCAGAACCAUCAAUAUUAGUGCAUCAGCUGCAGCCUCAAGAUCAAUUUAUAAUAUUCGCAUCUGAUGGGCUCUGGGAACAUUUCAGCAACCAAGAAGCAGUUGAUAUAGUUCAAAACAAUCCUCACGCUGGGAUUGCAAGGAGGAUGGUGAAAACAGCGCUUAAAGCAGCAGCAAAGAAGAGAGAAAUGAGAUAUUCAGAUUUAAACAAAAUAGAUCGAGGAGUUCGUCGACAUUUCCAUGAUGAUAUCACUGUGAUAGUUGUAUUUCUUGACUCAAAUAUGAUGAGUAGGGCAAGCACUGUGAAGUUCCCUAGUAUUUCUGUUAAAGGUGGCGGUGUUAGCCUCCCUCACAACUCAUUAGCACCUUGUACUACUACAACAGAUAAUGGUAGAAGGUAA